CCGGAAGUGACCGUCGGUGUUUCCGGGACACGUUGCGCUGUGGGGCGAUUAGUGCCUGGACAUGGAGACGGUGUUCGCGCUGCCGUUUGUGGUGCUCGAAUGUCCCAAUGUGAAGCUUAAGAAGCCAGGAUGGCUGCAUAUGCCAUCCGCCAUGACUGUAUACGCGCUUGUCAUCAUCUCCUACUUCCUAAUCACCGGCGGUAUCAUUUAUGAUGUCAUUGUGGAGCCUCCAAGUGUGGGAUCAAUGACAGAUGAACAUGGCCACCAGAGGCCUGUCGCCUUCUUGGCAUACAGAGUGAAUGGACAGUACAUUAUGGAAGGUCUCGCUUCUAGUUUUCUGUUUACAAUGGGAGGACUAGGGUUCAUAAUCUUGGAUCGUUCAAAUGCCCCCAACAUUCCAAAACUGAAUAGAUUCCUGCUUUUGUUCAUUGGUUUCGUCAGUGUCCUGUUGAGCUUCUUCAUGGCCAGAGUCUUCAUGAGAAUGAAACUGCCGGGUUACUUGAUGGGUUAAAGUCAAUUUGGGAGUGCCAAGGCCAGAAUUUCCAUGUGGAGGAGACCAACCUGAAACUGUAAAAAGUGCUAUGCUGUAAUUUGAAGGUGAAUGAGAAUUUGUAAAGAACAUAAAUAAAUUUUUACAAUACUUGUGUUAAA